AUAGGAGAAGGAGAGAAAAAAAGAGUGGAGGACUUCACUUUUUGUGAAGAGAUUGAACUGGAGUUGCAUGGAGCCCAUCAGACCGGAGAAUGAAGAUCUCUGCAGUGCUAACAGCUCUCCUGACUAACGUCCUCUGUGGUAAUGUGUGCUCAGCUAUCAACGUCACAGUCACUCCAUCUCCAUUCACUGUGGUGGCUGAGGGGGAAAACAUCACCUUGACCUGUCAGGUGACCCAGCGGCGGCGGUCAGCGAGUCUGCCUGUGGUGCGCUGGAUGUUUCAGCCGGAGUCAGGAGGAGAGGAGAUGCUGGUGGCGCGGGUGAACAUGCAGAGAGCCAAGUUCUACGGAAACUACACCAAGAGCUUCAGCAAGCCCAAAAUGAAACUGACAGUGGUGAAACAGGGCAAGAUAUUCAACCUCCUCAUCAUGAACAUCAGCGAAAAGGACAGGGGUCUUUACAGCUGCAGGGUCCAAGAGUUCAAGAUGCAUCAGGAACGAUGGAAAGCUUCCACCAACAGCUCGGCCUCCACGCAUCUCCAAGUCCAUGUUAUCCCAGCCGGCAAACCAAUGGAGGAACUGUGGAGUCUGUUUGAAGAUGUGUAUCUAUGUGCUGUGUUGGUGUGCUGUGUCGGGCUCUUGUGCAUGUGUAUGUUCACUAUAGUUGUGAGCUGUCAGUAUCUGACGAGGAAGAGACGAUUGAAAGAAAACUAUCAUUUGGUCAAGAGUCCGCAGAACAGUUCAGGCGAGACGGUCACUAGUGUGGUCAGUCUCUCUCCAGCUCUUCCCAAGAAGAUGAGAAAGUAUAAGAAAAAUAAAAGUGUGGAGCAGCCAGACAUGCCACCAGAGAUACCGGCUAAAGCCCCUAUUGCAGACAAAAUUCGAAAGCCGAAGCUUUUAAAACCUCAGCCCAGAAAAGUGGUUUUGCCCAGAAUUACAGAAGAGAGUCUGACGUACGCUGAGCUGGAGCUGAUGAAGCCGCUGCCCGAAGCCAAAACUGCCACCACAGGAACAGUGUACGCUCAGAUAUUCUUUGAGCACAAGCCUGUGUAGCAUUACAUUCUCUUGGAGGAAACUUUAUUUAUAAUAACACAACGUUGAUUUUAUUCGUCACCAUUUUUCUGAUGUUUUAUACAUGCAACAUUAAGUGAAUUGCACAUAUUGUAUAUGUAUAUUCUUUACUUUCUAAGUUGUUCUAUCUGUGACAAAAAAAUAAAAAUAAAUAAAUAAUAAUAAUAUUUAGCAAAACCAAAUCACUGUCAUGCGAAAACUGCAUUCUGUAACUAAAAGGCACAUAAACACAGUAAGCAAUCGUUCUGAGACAUUAUGUGAAGAUUAUGUAGGUAAAUACACCAACAAAUAUUAACCAUUUGAAUUCAUACAAGCUGUUAAUAAACUAAUUAUUUAUAUGAGGAUAUUUUGCACAAAUGAAAAACGUGGAAAUCUUUUUAGGAAUGUUCUGGGUUCAAUGCAGAUUCAUCUCUGAAAAGCUUCUGUGGUCUGCACUGGAUGUGUUUCAACUUAUAUUAAUUAUUCUGUAAAGAGAUGAGUUAUUAGAGAUGAAAAGUUGUGUAAACCGUCCGUUUUCUAAGCAGAUGAACUUCACAUUUGCAUAUCCAAUUUUUUUUUUUUUUUACAAAGUACAACCUCAUCCCUUUAUGUCAACUUUGUUUCAAUGCUUUAUACAUUAUUGUAAAUAAAUACUUCAUAUAACUUUGAGUAGACAAGCUAAUAAAUGACUUUUUCACACCUGACUCAAAUUAACUGUAAAAAUAUUAAAUAUAAUGUAAAUGUUUUGGCUUUUGAAACAGUAUUUUAACAUUUAAUCAUGUGCACAACUUUCAUUAUACAAUGAUAAAAUGAUUUUCCGAUCAGUAUUUUUGUCUUGUUUCCUACAAUAUAUAUCUAAAC